AUGUCUCGUCGCCUACAUUGGAUUCCGCAACCCAUCUUCAACGCCCCUGAGCUUGACUCUGAUGAUGAAUUGUUUGAUGACAUCGGUCAGCCAUCUUCGCGGCAAAUUGGUGCCAGUCCCGUGGAGAUUGCCAUUGGGGACUCUCCUGAUCCCAGCCCCGAGGAGGUUGCUAUUGGUGACACUCAGGCAUCGCCCGCAUUAGCUCCCGAUGCCGGUAGCUCCUCCUCGUCUCCUGAUUGCUCUCCUUCCACUUCCCCGCAGCCACCUCGACCUAGUGAUCAAAUACGUGUUCGCCCUAAGCAUUUGGGCCUCUAA